AUGUCUAAACGUUUCAACAAGGACAACUCUGUCACAUAUCAACUUGUGCACAGAUCCCAUCAGGAUUCCCGGUAUCACGAUCCGGACGCUUCAGCUUCGGUGUUGGUGCCUAUCCAUAACAAAAACCAGCUACGUAAGGAGAGAUUGAGAGCACAAACCACGGAAGAGCUUGCAGAUGUUGCCAAGCAGCUUAAGAAAGAUGAGGGAAAGGCAGCAAACUACGGUAUAACGUUUGAUGACUCCGAAUACGAUUACUUGCAACACUUGAAGCCCAUCGGUUCAGGAAAUGGUGUGUUCAUUUCAAGAAAAGACGACGAUGACAAAGGCAAAAACAAGCACAAGAACUCAAAACUCAGUGCUCUUCUGGGUGACUCCAUGUUCCCUGGAGAAGAGAGGAAAUACGAUUAUCAAGAACAACAGGACGUUCCCGAUGAAAUCAAAGGUUUCAAACCAGACUUGAACCUUGACUUAAGAGAGGCAUUGAUUGCAUUGGAAGAUGAUAACUACCUGGACCAGGACCAAGACAUUGAUGAGGUGGACGUUUUUGGAGAGUUGUUGGGUGAAGGCAAGAAACAACAAGAGAUUUCACUCAGAGACUAUGAUCAAUAUGAUGCUGAAUAUGACGGGCAGUACGGAUAUGAAGACGAUUACAAGGAUGAUGAUUGGGAUUUGGAUAAUUUCGAUGAUCAAGAGUACGAAUUUGAAGGCGUGGAGGGCGGAAACGGUGAAACCAAUUUCAACUGGGAAAAGGAUUUUCAAAAAUAUAAACAAAAGAAGGGACGUGUAGUCGACGAAUUUGAUAGUGAUAACGAGUUCGAAGACGACUAUGAAGAAGAUGAAGAAGAAGAUGAGAACGAUGUUGUCGGAGACCUACCAAAUGUUUCUGGCAAGGCCCUGAAAUCCUCUAAUACCAAAUCCUCCAAAAAGAACGCCAGAAGAAAGAAAGGUGCAACUACAGAUACUUCCUCAUACUCGAUGUCUUCGUCGGCUCUUUGUAGGACAGAGCAGAUGACUAUCAUAGACGAUAAGUUUGAUGUGUUGAGGGAGCAGUACGACAAUAUGGGUGAGGAGAAUGAGGAAGAAGAAUACCAGCCGUUCGAUCUUGCUACUGAAAGAGACGACUUCAUGGACCUUGUGGAUGACUUCUUAGACAAUUACCAACUCGAAAAACGGGGUCGUCGUGUCGUGAAGAAAAAUGAAGAAAUGGAGAAAUACAGAGCUGCAGCCAUCGAAGCAACCAAUAGUAAUAGUAAGCUCAAAAACAAGAAGAAGGCAGAUGUUUUGACAGAAAAGAUGGGAGGCCUUUCCAUAUAA